GAGUUUGACCGUAUGGUACACAUCGAUAUGUUCCAGGAGCUGGAUCUUUCCAAGGAGACAGACAACCAUGGAUUUUAUGACAGAUCGGGACGUGCAAAAGUACAUGGAGGAUGGAUAUGUGGUUCUGGAUGGGCUGCUGACCUCCCAGGAGUGUGACGAGCUGAGGCAAAGGAUGACAGAGAUAGUGGAUGAGAUGGACGUCCCGAUGCACUGCCGCAUCACCUUUUCCACCUAUCACGACGAGCAGCUCAAAACACAGGGAAAUGCUGACUAUUUCAUCACCAGUGGAGACAAGAUUCGCUUUUUCUUUGAGAAAGGAGUUUUUGAUGACAAGGGGGAAUUUAUCGUACCAAGACAGCGAUCGCUAAAUAAAGUCGGACAUGCACUGCAUGCCUAUGAGCCAUUGUACAAAAAGGUUACACAUUCACCCAAAAUCCAGGGCAUAGCGAAGAAGCUGGGUCUUGUAAGUCCUGUGAUACUGCAGAGCAUGUUCAUUUUUAAGCAACCAGGGAUUGGUGGAGAAGUGACACCACAUCAAGACGCCACGUUUCUGUACACGGAGCCCUUGGGCAGAGUUAUGGGGCUGUGGAUUGCCCUGGAAGAUGCCACUGUUAACAACGGCUGCCUCUGGUUUAUCCCGGGGUCACAGAACAGUGGUAUUUCUCGGCGUAUGGUGCGUACCCCAAAGGGCACCUAUCCCCUGACGGACUUUGUCGGUCGAGAGCAGGCUUAUGAUGACGAGAAGUUCGUUGCUGCACCAGUUAAAAAAGGUGGUGUCGUCCUGAUCCACGGGGAGGUGGUGCAUCGCAGUCAUGAAAACACCUCAGAGGACUCUCGCCACGUCUACACCUUCCACAUGAUGGAGAGCAAGGACACGCGCUGGAGCCCCGACAAUUGGUUGCAACCCACUGAAGAACUCCCUUUCCCACCUCUUUACACUAAAUAAAGGAUCUUUUUGUCCACUUGGUGCUGCAGCUCAUGGAAAGACACAAGAUCCUUUCUUUCCUGAAGAAGGACCAACAUGUAUGAACUGUUUUAAACACAGAAAAUGUGCUGCCAAUUUGUAACGGCUUGUUUUAUAUCCUGUAUGACAUUGUGUAUUUUUCUGAGCUACACAUAGACUGCACCAAAGUCAUUACUGGAUAAAUGAUGACCAAUCCACAUUUUAAUGAAGGUAUCAAUGUUUGUAAAUGUGAAUUUUUAAUAGACUGGAAAACUAAUCUGAUUAAACAUUUUAAGCUUUUUGAUCAA